UGAGAGAGAGAGAGGAGAGAGAGAGCGCGCGCACGGACAUAUUCCCUCAAAAUGCUGUAUAGUAGGAACCUCGCUGUGUUUUGAGACAACGCCAUUAGAUCUAUCGUUGAGCCCUGAUAUUCUUUCUCCACACACACACACACACACUGACUGAGUGUCUGUAACACACCGACCCGAACCCGGACAGCAGGGAAACUCCUGCGACACACACACACACACACACACACCCUCGACAGGCAACAGGAGGAGCAGUCAGUGAACACCUUCAGACCCCUACAGGUCAGUGCACUUUAGACCAGCUCUAGUGAGCAGCAGGUGAAUAUUAUCCUGAAGAUCUGCACUCGUCCACUCACUGCAGAUUAAUGCUGCACAGACGCUUCAAUAUUAGAAAAACAUCUUUCACUUCGGAUAUGGUGGACACGCAGACGUUCGCCUGGCCCGUGGGAUUUGGCCUGAGCGCUCUGGAACUGGAGGAGCUCGACGACAGCUCGCACUCGCUGGACAUGAAGCCUUUCUCCACCCUGGACUACACCAGCAUCUCCGGCAUCGAGUACGAGCCGAGUCCGCAGGUCGAGCCGCCACACAUGAUGGAUCUGACACACAUGUACAGUUACAGGACUCAGGAGAACUUCAGGACUCAGGAGAACAUCAGGGCACAGGAGGCCUUCAGGACUCAGGAGAACAUCAGGACACAGGAGGCCUUCAGGACUCAGGAGAACUUCAGGACUCAGGAGAACAUCAGGGCACAGGGGGCCUUCAGGACACAGGAGAACAUCAGGGCACAGGAGGCCUUCAGGACACAGGAGAGCAUCUACAGGUCUCACGAGAGCAACUUCAACGUGGAGGAGAGCGGAUACAGAGCGCACCAGUCUCAGAACUUGAUCAAGCUUGAACCCGAGUCUCCUCCUCAGUUUGCAGAGAACAGCCUGUCGUUCUCCAAAGCUCACGAAGACCCGUCGGCCUCGGCGCUGAACAUCGAGUGUCGUGUGUGUGGAGACAAGGCCUCAGGCUUCCACUACGGGGUGCACGCCUGCGAGGGCUGCAAGGGCUUCUUCCGCAGGACGAUCCGCCUGAAGCUGGUGUACGAUCACUGCGACCUGCACUGCCGCAUCCACAAGAAGAGCCGCAACAAGUGCCAGUACUGCCGCUUCCAGAAGUGCCUGAUGGUGGGCAUGUCACACAACGCCAUUCGUUUCGGCCGAAUGCCUCAGGCGGAGAAGGAGAAGCUGCUGGCUGAGUUCUCAAGUGACGUGGACCACAUGCACCCGGAGUCUGCGGAUCUCAGGGCGCUGGCCAGACUCCUGUACGAGUCCUAUCUCAAGUACUUCCCCCUGACCAAAGCCAAGGCCAGAGCCAUUCUCUCAGGGAAGACCAGCGACAACUCCCCUUUCGUGAUCCACGACAUGAAGUCCCUGAUGGAGGGCGAGCACAUGUUCAACUCCCGGCAGAUGCCGAUGCAGGAGCAGCGGAGAUCCGACAUGGGAGUCUUUCACGAAGUGGAGCUGCGUUUCUUCCACAGCUGCCAGUCAAGAUCGGCCGAAGCCGUCAGCGAAGUCACCGAGUUCGCCAAGAGCAUCCCGGGCUUCGUGAACCUGGACCUGAACGACCAGGUGACGCUCCUGAAGUACGGCGUGAUCGAGGUGCUCAUCAUCAUGAUGGCGCCGCUCAUGAACAAGGACGGCACGCUCAUCUCCUACGGACAGAUCUUCAUGACCCGCGAGUUUGUCAAGAGCUUGCGUAAACCCUUCUGCGAGAUGAUGGAGCCCAAGUUCGAGUUCUCCGUCAAGUUCAACAUGCUGGAGUUGGAUGACAGCGACAUGGCGCUGUUCCUCGCCGUCAUCAUCCUGAGUGGAGACCGACCUGGCCUGCUGAACGUCAAGCCCAUCGAGGACCUUCAGGAGACGGUCCUGCACUCUCUGGAGCUGCAGCUGAAGACCAACCAUCCCGACUCCCUGCAGCUGUUCGCCAAAGUCCUGCAGAAGAUGACGGACCUGCGUCAGCUGGUGACGAACCACGUGCAGCUCAUCACACUCAUGAAGGAGACCGAGGUGGACUGGUGCCUUCACCCGCUCCUGCAGGAGAUCAUCAGGGACCUGUACUAGGAGCAUCCGGAGCCUGAGUUUGAUCCUGAUCUGGAGCCUGAGUCUGAUACGGAGUCUGAUCCUAAAUUCCUGAUCUUGAUCCUGAUCCGGAGACUGAACUUGAACUUGAUCCUGACCCUGAUUCUGGUCCUGAUCCUGGUCCUGGUCCUGAUCCUGACCCUGAUUCUGGUCCUGAUCCUGGUCCUGG